GCGGGAGGUGCUUCCGGCGCUCCGCGGGCGGCCAUGUUGGAGCGGCGGUCGCAGCGCAACGGCGACUGCGGGUCUGGCGGCGGCCGGUGUCAAGGGUUUUUUUUCCAGUAAUUUGGACCUUUUUGAAGUGCCCGCUUUCCUAAUGCCAUGAAUAUUGCAGCGAACAAUGUGGAAGAAAAAGCUGUCCAUUCCUGGUCGAGAAUUUCCUCAGCAGGACAGAAAGUGCUGGAGGAAGCCCUCCGAGUCUUCAACCCGAUGUCCAAGGACCUUUCAGACACAGAGACCCAGCUGGUGGCCUUCAUUCAGGGCCUGAAGGAGGAGGGCUACCAGCCCACAAUUCUGAGGAGUAAGGAUGUGUAUGGGUACAGCUCGUGCACGGCAGACAUACCUAGUCAAACAGAAGAGAGCACCCCACACAACUGCACCAACGCCGCCGAGUCCGCUAAGAGUCCGACUAGAAAUACGGCAGCCGUGGCAAAGGUGUCUGCUUCGCCCACCAGCGUUUCGGUGAACUCUUCAAAAGUCUCCACUCAGCCCAUCUCCAAAGGGGAUUCCACAAAUCUCCUCUUGAGCUCCUUGAAGCAGACAAGAUCCGGCACGUCCAAGGCCGCGGCAGUGGGCUUCCCUACAAGCAUGUACCCUGACGUGUAUCCAGCCAUGAGACUGUCGGUGGUUCUGGAAGCCCUGGUGCCACUGAAAACUACCGCAUCCUGUUUGGAGUCCAAGUACACACAAGGACAUCUAGGGAUCUCGCACUCAGACCUUAAACUCCUCAAGGCUUCAAAUCCACCAAGGCAGUUUUCUUCAGGCAAGACCACUAAAGUAACAGAAGGUAAGGGGUACAAGCGUUUGAUAAAGAAAGCACCGGAUUCUGCCACCCUUGCUUUAAAUCUUUUGAAGGGACCAAAGGGUGGAGUGCUGCAGGAGAGCAAUGCUUGCAAAGCCUCGGGGGUUCUCAACGGGAGAGUCGCAGGCAGCUCGUCCCAAGGCUGCACCACAGCACCGCAGUCCAAGACCUUGAAAAUCAAAGGUAAGGAAGCUCUGGAGGGGAAAACAGAGUGGAAGGGCAGCAGCGCUUACCGGGAGAGUGUUGGGCAGAAGAAGAGAAGAGCGACGGAGGCAAGAGAAGCACCACAAAGGAAGAAAGCAAAUACCAUUCCUGUCCAAAAUAAAUCUCGACAGCCUCAGAGCACUUUGAACCUGCUGAAAUUCCGGACCAUCAAGGUGGGCAACUCUUCCUCUGAUGAUGAAGUGAGGAGGAGAGCACAGAAGAUUCUUAGGGUCAACUUGUCCCCUGUCAUCCGAAUUCAGCCUUUGUCCCAUUCUCACAGUGUCCCCUGAGUUUCUUCACUUUGUCGCUUUUUUUUGUAAGUAAGUAAAUAUGAGUCUGGCACCAGAGCGUGGAGAAGAUUGAGUAACUGGAUCUCUGGUACCUGGUGACGAUAUGUCAACUAACCUGCAGACGGAGCAGCCUGCUUUCUCCUGUUUCUGCCUGUCUACCACUGCUAGGCAGAACUGACUGCAGAAAAUCAAAAGCCCUGUUUGGGAAUGCGGGAUGGUGACUUGCCUGUGGGGAGCCGAGCAGGCCGGAGGGCUUCCUUCCCAUGGACGCUCUUCUGAACAUGGCAGGCUGCACUCUCGUGCAGGGGGAGAACAUGGGACUUUCUCAUGACAUUGAUGCACUGUGAUAUUGCUCUUUUUCAAGCUGUACAUUUACUGGUUUUAUUUUGAUCAAAUUUUAUAACUUUAUUAUCUAUAUAUAUAUAUCCAUAUAUGUGCAUACGGCCCAGGAACUGUGGGAAGAUGCACUUCCUCCAUCCCUCUGGGAUUGGGUUUGAUAGCUUUUGUUCCCCCUCCCAUUCAGCCAGUCCUUUGUUGAGAGGUGCCAGGAUUUCUUUGUGAUUCAGUGUUGUGACAGUCUGUUCUGGGCUCGCUUGAGCAGCUCAGAGGCAGGCACAGUUAUAGCCACUUGUUUGUCUCCAGAAAUGUCAAGCAAUUUGGAGAAUUACCAGCUGAUAGUUGACUACAGUUUUAAUCAUACUUUUGGUAUUACCUCUGCGUAAGAGUGGGGGAGUGUUACGGGGCUCUUGCCUGCAAGUCUGCCUGACGUCUCUAGGUGCCUCCUCUGUUUGUUGGUAGCAGAAGCUCUGAACUCAUGGUAGGGUUUGCCUCCAAAGAGCCAUUCCUCCUCAGCACCCAGGGUUGCGCUGCUCUCCCAUACCCCAGGUGCAGAUGUAGAACAUGAACCGUGACUGUUAGAGCUGAAGGGCUGGAGUUGUUAAGAGGAAUUGCAUAAAGUGUCCUGCCCACCACAUAACUACUUUGCUGUUGCUGGAUGUUUCAGGAGCAGGUUCUAGGUGCCGGUAGAGAAGACACAGGUUGUGUUUGAAUGUAUUAGAUACAUAGCAUCCCAGAGCUCAGUGGGAUAUUUGAGUCUGAAUUAAAGCAGAAGAGCAAAAGAGUUGAGAGGAUAUAUGCCAGCACUUAAACAUGGAGAGUUUCUUUCUGUCGGUUUGUGGAGGUGAGACAGUAGGAGGGGAGAUUGGCACCGUGUUGCAAAGGGUGACAGCUUUGCUAUGCCGUCUGGGAUGUUGGAAGAAGGUGUGUGGCAGGUGUGAAAGCUCCUGGAGCGCAGGCUCUGCCCUCCCCAGGAGGCACUGUGCAACCGCUGCAGGCGGCUGUGUCAGCCUUCCUGCGCCAGGGGCACGCUGUCAGAUGUGAACAGAGACUGCAUGCGUGGGUCUGCUCUCUGCAGGGAAGGAUCCGCAAGCUCCAGGAGAAACACCGCGUUGGAGCAGUAGGUGCUACCACUGUCACCUAGGAGUGAUGGUCUCCGAUGAGACGAUGUGCAUUGGGAUACUGCAAAAGCAGAACCUGGCUGCUCAGGGAGAGGGAGCAGGGUGGGGCCAGGCACGGGCUCGGCUCCGUACACUGCCGUACGUUCAGAUCUGUGUAGCAGUGGGCCAGUAAUCCACUCAUUUUCUCACCAGCUCAAAAUACCAGUUGUCUGACCUAGUAAUCUCUGUGGACAUUGGCUGCAGGGAUGAGCUCCCCUGGGAAGCCCCAGCUCCUUACGUUUCAGCCCCUCCCUAGCACCUGGCUGGAUUUCAGCGCUUUGUAAAAGGGGUCAGUGUCUGAUCCCCAGCUCAGAGAGGAAAACCGUGGCACGGAGGGGAGAGAGGAGGUUCAUGACGGAGUGAGGGCAGGGAAGCUGGGCGUCCCGAGGCACAGCCAGGGUUCUCUGUCCUCACCCAGGUGGAGGUUCUCCCUCGGGGGGUGAUUGCAGGCUCUGAAUCACACACUCGGUGUGUGACACUGUGUGGUUUUACUGUGCAUAUCUGAGUUGCUGUCAGAGAUCAUAGCUUGCAGUGUUUGAGACUGACCUGUGAAUGCCAUUGGUUAGCUGCAGAGGAAGAGAAAAUAUUUUCUUCUGUGUUUUAAAAUGCUUUGGCAGAGUGUUCUCUGUCCUGACAUGAUGCUGGAUGAACAGGGACCCUCCAUCACUGUUAACCUGCCAAAAAUUACUUUGUCCCUUUUGUUCCCACUCCUUCAGACCUUUCUCAUUCCCAGGCUCUCAAAUGCCAGGUCUUGAAGUCUUGCACUGGCGUUUCUCUUUUUGGCUGUUUCCUGAGGAGGGCUCUGAACUCCUGUCUGUGGUAUCGCUGUCUGACAGGCUGCUCGGCAGCUUCCCCUGUUCCCAGCCCCUUAUAAGGGCACCGAGAGCUGUCUCUGGAGCCUCUUCGUGCAGCGCAGGCAUCCCAGCUGAGUGCCUGGCCUCUGGUGGGAAAAACAACCGUGCAUCAACAAGGCUGAAUUCAGGCUGAGGUUGCUUUUUUCCAGCCUGAGCAGGAAGCUGAGCACCUGAGGCCAGCUUACCGCGCCCCAUCCCUCCUCUUUGCUGUAUUUCUUCCCCCAGCUGCACUGCUGCCUGCCUCCCCAGUCUUCUCUGUCACCUCUUGUCUUUCACAGCUUGGGUCUUUGCCAGUCAAGGACUUGGCUUGUACUGUUGCUUAACACAUCCAGCAGAACAUACUGCUUUAGCGCUGCCAUGCCUUUCCCGGCUCUGAGCUGAGUUCUCUGAAUGCUUGGUGGCAACAGCUCACCCAGUGUCCUUCCCAGGCCGCCAGCAAGAGGUCUUCUGCUCUGCAGAGAGGGACGAGCCUUAGAAAUGCCUCUGUGUCACCGAGGCUUCCGCCAGGGAAGCGAGCGCUCCACAGCUAUGUGCCUGGGGACGUGCUUAUCAUCGGUCCAGUCUCUGUCGUCUCUUCUGCACAUCUCUUAACAGACCACAGGGCUCCUGAGCUACUGGGCAGCACUGGAGCUUGAUUCUCUGCCCUCCUGAUGUCUCCUCUUCCCCCUCGCAAGUGAUUUGGGAACUUGGCUGGAAGGAUUGCAGCUUGUUAUUCACUUUACAGCCCCUGGUGCCAAUGUCAGCAACUGCUGCCUGUCAUCCAGUGCUGGCAGACUGGGUGCCUGCAGCCUGUGGGUGGUUGGCUCUGCCGUCCUUCAUCUCAUGGCUGGGUGCCGGUGCUCCUGGUGUCCUGGGCCUUCAACACUGAUGUGCAGGAGGCUGCAGAAGGGGUUGUGCUGUGAAUGCUGCUUUCUGGUGUUAGGGAAGAUAAAGGGUUUGAUCAAAUCAGGCCUACCUAAGACCUGAUCUAACCAGAGAUCUCCCUCCAGAGGUCCCUUCCACCCCUUAUUAAUCUGUGACAGCAGAGUAACACUUGCCUUUCAGGGACCUGGGCAGCAGUAACAGGCAGGGCACGCAGAAAUGCCUUGCCUGGAGUGCUGUGGUCUCUGCUGAGCGUGCUGUGUGCGGGUUGUUCAGAGCUGUUUCUGUAUUAAUCACUUUGAAUUCAUCCAAGUGCCUAACCUGGCCUAUGCUGUUCUAGGCACUGUGACAGCUGGGAGCUUUGGAGGCUCUCUUAGGAAUGCUUUUAUUGCACGGAUUUGUGCCACUGUCACUUCGAGAAAUGAUUCAGCCAGCGGUCAAAGGGCUGUUCUUCCAACUGAGUUUGUGGAAAUCAUUUCUCCUUUUAUUCAGUUGCCAAGAAGCGAGAGUUUAUGCUUCGCCUCCACCAGACAAGGUCCUUGAGCUUCCUGCAUGCUUCAGAUGUCCGUCGGCGAGGUCCGUAGGGAGAGCAGCUUGUCCGGCAGGCAGCUGGAGGGGAAGCUGACAUCAGAUACCAGUUGAAAUCACAUUGUUAAUUGGUAGAAAUGUUUUGAAGCUCAUGUCCACUGUGAUCAGAUUUCACCUUCUGCCAUUACUUUCAGUUGGAGAAGCUUCUGCUUGGCCUUUUCCCUGCAAGCCAUGUAGUGUGGUACCCCUGCUUCCAAACCGUUUGCCUCUCCCCCGCAGAGCCAGCUGCCCCAGUGAUCCACGUACAGAAUUUCUUAACCACUUUUCUGCAAAAUAAAAAGGGAUUAUUUUGUUACUCCUGUUUUGUAUCUCACUAGUGGUAUUUCAGCGUGGGGAAGAGGUGUGCUCUGUGAAGCGUUGUGAGCACUCAUGUAGUUGGAUACUUCUCACACCAGGGCAUCACCUGCCCAGCCCGCAGUGCUCACGCUGACAGGGACCGGGGGGGAGUGGGCUGAGACCCCUCGCUGCCUCGUGUUUCCUUGCACGGAGUUCAGCCAGUCACCAGUGAAGAGCAUCACAGGGAAGUCGGGAGCAGAACAGCACGGGUGGGUGAUGCUGCUCACGCAGCUCCGUGGCCCUGCUCCCCAGCUGCCCCUGUUCUGCUGCAUGUCCUCCGGCCCCCCCUCACACACCAGCAGCAUUUCUCCACCGGUGGAGCUGGUGGAAGAAGUCCCUUGGCUCCAGCUGUGCCAGGAGAAGUUGGGGGGCUUUGGCUUUUGGGCUUGAGCGCAGAAUUUGGGCCCUUUUAGUUGUGACUUGUGCUGUGUUCAUGGCCAGACCUUGCCAGCAUGCGGCGGGGUGCAGCCACUCCAACUGCUCUCCUUGGGUCCAGGUUCCCUGCCCUGUCUGGGAGCUGGGCCUUUGGCCACGGCACAAGGGGCGCGUGGGGACAGAGAGGAGGUUUGUCUCUCAGCUGCAGCUGGACAGUGUGACGCGAGCUGGGCAGUUUCCCGGGCAGGAGCGCAGGUUUGGUGAGAGGAUCCUUGUUUCGGCUGUGGUUGGCAGGGUCGGUGCUGAGUUGUGGGGAGCACAAGCCGCUCAAGCAGGUUGGUUGGUUUGUGUGGAAGUGAUGGUUUCUGUUUCAGUCUUCAGAGUGGCACUGGCCUAUUUGCUGCUGUGGUCAGACGAGGAUGGCUUUCUGGGAGCUGCGGUGGCCUGAGGAGAGGUCGGCUGUUCUGGGGCACCUCGCACCUUCUCAACGGUGCCGCAGCCCUUGGCUUUGCGAGCUGGGUGGGCUGGCACCAUCCACGGAGAGGGCAGCAGGGCAGGUUGCUCCCAGGCCCUCAUGCUUGGGGCUCUGUGCUAGAGAGCACCAUGCUUGAGUGUCCUUCUCCUCGCAGCCUGCUCCUGCCCGGAGCUGGGUGCUGUUAGGAAGGUGCCAGGUGCCUCGCUGGCUGGUGGAGCAGAGACCUUGUCUCGAAAGGCAGGAGAGCCAGCCCUUGUCACUGGAUCGGCCCGGAGUGUUGAGUGAACCCUGUUUGUAGGUGUGACUGCGCUAGCACUCGCAGCAUGUCCGGCUGCCACCUCCAAAGCCGUGGUGCUGAGGCCAGACCCCUCAGUUUGCUUAGGAAGACUGAGGAGGUCUGGUGAAAAAGCUUGAAGCUGGGAUUAGGGGAAGCCAAAGACGCUGGCAGCACCUGGCCAGCCAGCUUCUGCUUCUGAGACCUGCAAACAGAGGAGCCAGGUCUGUGGCGUACCGUGGCACUGCCUCCACUGUCCCUGCCCGGCCGACGGAGCCUGCCCUGCCCUGUCUGGCAGCACUAUGCAGGCACUGGUGCUGCAGGCCCUGGGGCACGGGCGGGGGGUGCCCUUUUGGAGCAGGCGCCCCUCCUAACCCUUGGUUUCCAUCAGUCAUCAGUCGCACAAAUUGGCCCUGCUCGGGUGGCCGUGGGGAAGGUGAGCUGCCCCCGCGGCUUGCAGAGCCCUCCCCACCCCGUGAGUGCUGACUCGUGCCCCCUGGACGCCCUCGCAGGAGGGGUAGCAAUUCCUCUGGUGAGCAUCCGAAAUACCUUCCCCUGCGGGGACGAUUAGGCCUUUUCCCGGGGAGCCCCUUAAAGGCCUUAUUAUCGUCUGGGGCUCUCCUUGUUGUCUUAAUUAGCCCUUUCCGUUCCUGUUGCUACAGGCAGCCCCUGUGAGAGUCUGGUGAUUCCCACGGACGCAGUCAGGCCCGCGGUGCUGUUGUAAAAGAGAAGGUGCUGCAAAGCUACCCCCAGAACUCCCCCCUCCUCCUGCCCCUGCUCUGUCACGCUGCCCAGGCCCGGGAGGGGACGAAACAAGUGUUGGUGGGGAAGGCACGGUGUGUGAUGCCGUUCCUUCCUCCCGGUUCCCAGUGCAGCGCUCCAGAGGAGCAGCAUUACCCGAGCAGAGGCGCAGCAGCUGCUCUGGGGGACGCGGGGGCUCCGGGUGGGCACUGCCCGGCCCCUCGCGCUCGGUCUCUGCCAACCCUCGUCUCUAACAGAGCCAUCUCCAUGCCACAGCGCGACCGACCUGCUCCGGCUGGGACCGGUGCCGCCGGCUCAGCCGCGGGCAUCCCGGUGUUAAGGGGAUCCCGAGCAACAGCCAGGGAGCGGCAGCUGCAGCCCACGGGAGGGCAAGUAACAAACUUUUGUAUGGUGAAUUUACAACAACUGACCAUCUUGUUCUUGAGUGAACUUUUUACUGUUUCAUUUGUUUGUGUAGAAUGUUUCCGAAGCUAUAUUAAUAUUUAAUGUUUAAUAUGAGGCCGGGCUGCUCCACACUCAGUGUUGUAUCUUUUGGAAUGGCAUUGUUUAGUGAAAAGACAGCGUUAUUAUUAUUCCGCUCUUCGGAGGGAAUGGGACAAAAACCAGACUGUCUUUUUUCUUAAAUGAAGUGAACUUUUUGUUAUAAAGUCCUAGCAGGUGUCCAGCCCUUCAGUAAAAUGGUGCUCAGAACCA